AUGACUGCCUCAAACGAGUCGGCGGGGGACAAGGUGGACAACAGAAACCAUCUUUGCACCAUCAAACUGGUUGACCCAGACGAGAGCCUGACUUUCCAGGUCCAGUUGGACGGUUUGGAAGCAGAAAUCCUGAAACGCAGAGAGGAGCUUCACAACCUGCAGGUCAUGAACAACGAUGCUCAGCUCUCCAAAGAAGCUGCUAAAGCUGAGUUACAUCAACAGGAAGAGCUGCUGUCCAAAGAGCACAAGGAGAGAGAGCGAGUCAUAGCAAGUUCCAGGAAGACGGUUGAAGAGCUCAAGGCCCAGGCUGAAAGAGCAGAUAGAAAGGUUCGGAAAACAACCGUGCAGCCAGAUGAGGUGAGCAGCGAGGCCCAGCGCAGCGUCACCAGGAUCGCAGCUGAAGAAGAGCAAGCCAUCUCCACCUUCGAGGAAGCCUUCAGGUGCAUCCAGGACGCCACCGGGGUCACAGAUAUUCAAGAGAUCGUGGAGUGGUUUAUCUCCCAAAAAGAGAUGCACCAACAUCUGGAAAAGCUGAAGAAAGAGAACAAAGAGGUCCUGCAGCAGCUGAAGGAGCAGAAGGAGCUCCUUAACCAACAGUUCAAGGAUAUUAAAUAUUCAGGGGAGGCUAAACUGUCAAAUGAGCAGAAGCUGCUGGAGGAGUCCGAACAUCAGCUGCAAGCACAGCAGCAGAGAUGUGACGCAGCCAAAGAGCACCUGGCGCAGCUCACAAAAGCCCUCGGUACCAUCAGGGGUAGAGUUGAGCACCUGGCGGAGAAACUGCAGCUCGUGGCGCUGGACAGAGUCACUGACGUGCUUCCAGAUUCGGAUGAGUUUGUUCUGGAGCUUCUGGUCCAGUGUGAGCUGAAACUUAAGGCGUUACAAACGGAGCUCAAAGGAAAGGACCUGGUCGCUGUCAUGAAGGAGAUGGAGGAAGACGAGUUCUAUGUGAGGAUAGAGGCGAAGCUACCGGAGUACAUGAGAGUCCGACUCCUCGAGGCCCAGACACCGGACCCUGUCGAUGACAAGUACAGGAGCGAGGAAGAGGAAGCCAGCGUCGUCUCACGCGAGGCCCUGAAGCGCCAGUCUCAGCUGAUCGUCAACUCCAACUUCAAGAAGACCUGUAAGAAGUAG